AUGGCUCCCUACUCUCAAUAUCUUGUCGUUUUCCGUACCGAUCCUCCAGAUGGGCGAUACGUGAGGAAUCAUUCGAACAGACGUCCCAUUGUCACUCCAAAUGGUGAAACAGAUGAUGAUGAUGACCUCACCCCCGAUUCUUCAGAAGAAAACCCUGUUCCCCAUCCCGCAGUUCAUAUUGGAGAUCUCUCGUCUGCUCCAUCUACUCGUGGGGGGAGUUUUCCCGGGGGUGGAUCAUGCCUGUGCUCCGAGUGUAAUAAAUGUUUCACCGAGAGAACAAAACUUAUCGAACAUCAAAGGACGCACACGCGGCAGAAGCCGUUCUCCUGUUCUGAAUGCGGCAAAUGUUUCUCUUGGAAGUCCUCUCUCAUUACGCACGAGAGGGUUCACACUGGGGAGAAGCCGUAUUCAUGUUCUCAUUGCAGCAAGUGUUUCACGGACAGGUCGAACCUCUCCACGCACGAAAAGACGCACACAGCAGAGAAGCCGUUUGCCUGUUCCGACUGUGGUGAAAGUUUUUCCCAGAAGGGCUAUCUUCUUUCUCAUCAGAGGACUCACAGGGAGGAGAAGCCCUAUUCAUGUUCCGAAUGCGGGAAGUGCUUUUCAUGGAGGAGGCUUCUGGUGAGGCACCAGAGAAUUCACUCGGGGGAGAAGCCAUACCUGUGUUCUGAAUGUGGGAAACGUUUCACCGACGGUCCAGAUCUCGCUAGACACAAGAGGAUCCACACGAGCGACCGGCCGUAUUCGUGUUCUGAAUGUGGGAGAGGCUUCACCAAUAAAUCCAAUCUGGUCCAGCACCAGAGGGUCCACACCGGUGACCACCCAUAUUCAUGCCCCGAAUGUGGGAAAGGCUUCUCUUAUUUUCCUUUUUAUGACGCACUUGUUAUUCGCUGGAAUGGCUGCUCUUAUUUACGUAAUAAGAAGAAAUUUGUUAGCCCCAAGAAGCCCAAAGCUGCAGCCCAGAAAGUAGCCAAGAGCCCGGCUAAGAAGGCGCCGAAAUCGAAGACAUCCAAGAGUACGGCUAAGAAGGCGCCGAAGCCCAAGACAGCCAAGAGUCCGGCUAAGAAGACCGCCAAGCCCAAGAAGAGAUAA